AUGCGCGGUGCCCACCGCUCUUCCUCCUCCUCGGAGGCGCAGGUGAAGGUGGUGGUGGCGGCGCGGCGGCACCGCAUGGUCACGCGCGCCCUCGUGAAGGGAAGGACUCCUCCGGGGCAGGUGGACGGUCCUGUCGGUGGUGUGCUGCGGUGCAUUUGCACGGCGUACCUUGUCUCCACGCAGGAGACGCUGUUGGAGUGUCAUCGCUGCGGGAAUUGGUGCCACCCCGCCUGUGUGGGCGUCGACCACGCAGAGUUGCGGCGGUACCAGGCGGAAAAGAACUUUGUGUGCCCCUUCUGCACAGGGAUGCACAAGCGCUUGCGGCGCGAGUCUCAGUCACCUGCCCCACGGCAACCGCCUCUGCGCCUCCGCGAGGUCCCAGAUCGCCUGCCCUUUGGCUCUGUCAUGCAGCUGCGUCAUCUACUGAAGAUCGCCACGCGGGCUGCCCAUGAGGCCGGCUUUGUAGUCGUCGACCUCCCCGUGAUGCCGCUCACCGCCGCCAUGGAGAAGGAGUGCCUGGAGUGCUGUGAGGAGGCCAUUAGAGAGGCCACCUUUUCCGCCCAGUACCCGGCGUACUGUCUGAAGGAGGUGCGGGAGCAGGCCCACCCGUACGUGCAGGGAACGCUGCUCCGCUGCAUGCAAACCGGGCGUAUUGUAUCCAUGGUGCUCUCCAAUGGAAUGGACGUGUACGGAAACCUGCGGCACACAAUUACACAAUUAAAAAGUGGCAUUAACAGGGGACUUAUUGACAGACGGCAUCAGACGUCGUUUAUGGCAUCCUGCACAAAAUUAACCGACAUCUCGGACUUUGUGCACAUCACGCUAAGUGCGACACAUAGAGACUACCAAAGAAAGGGGCUGGCACGCAUGCUGAUGGUGAUAGAACUGCUAAAGUGGGCACUGCGAGGUCGCACGCGGGCCUAUUUGAACAUGGCGCUUGAAAAACGCAUCGUCGACAGCGGUACGCGAUUGGAGUGUGUGGCGUCGCCGGCUUCCCGACGGCUGUACGAGUCCUUUGGCUUUAGGGACGUCUACCCGCGGUUUGACCGCGAGACAGAUGAGGCGCGCUGGACGCCAAAAGAGGCGGAUAUGGGCCGUGUGAUGGCGCACAUGAAUUUUCUGGAGGAUGUGGUUAAAAUGGCGCUGCGGUACGAAGCAGGCGGCGCCAAUACGGACGUCGCCCACGGCAGGGCUGCGGCGGCUGGUGGUGGGAUACGCAUCAAGGCAUCUUCCUCGCCGUCCCCGCCCGCGGUGAAAAAGCGUCUCUCGUUGCUUGGGAGACGGGGCUGA